AUGGCGUCCUCGCUGCGCUGUAAUAUCUGCUAUCGGUAUCCGGCCAGGGAGGCUGCCAGCUUCUCUCUGACCAGCUGCGGCCAUGUGCUGUGCGAGCUGUGUCUGCAGAGAGGAACAAAUGACGUGUGCACAGUAUGCAAAUCUGUUUGCCGGACAAUAUUACUUAACAACCAGACAAGUCCUGAUGUCAAAUUACUUUUCGUGGAUAUUAAUGUACUCUGCAAAAAGUUUUCAAAAGAAUUUACUCAAGUUCUAGAAUUUCAGGAAAGUCACAGAAAAAGAUUACUAUCUUUUUACAAAGGAAAAAUUGUAAAACUUGAAGAAAACAUUGAGAAGUUGACUGAAAAAAUACAAAGUGUCAGCCAAAAACCUACCCCGUCGUCUUAUCGAAUUCAAGUUCCAAAUACAGUAAAAACAUCUAGCUCAUCUGCACAAUCAGAAAUCAAGUCUGGUUAUUCUCCCUAUUCUCUUCCAUUCCCAAGGCAACCUGCUUUUCAUAAAGCUGGCAUAAUGGCCGUUGAACCAGAUACAUCGAAAAAGAACCAUGAAACUGUCACUGGAGCAACUAGAAUGUCACUGAUAAGUCCACCACAAGAUGGACGUAUGGGACACAUUUCAGGCAGAACUAUUCCAGGUCCAUUAAGGUCAUCUAAGUUAGGAAGCUCACAACAGAUAAAUGCCCUCCGUCAAUUUUCACAAGACACAUUGCAAACAAACAAAACAGUCGCUUGGGACAUGUCUACACAAAGGACACCUCAACUAUACCAGCGAACACCACAGUCAUCGCAGUCAACUGUAAUAAAACACCCCAUAAGUCUCAGUGGUUUCUUACAGAAACGCCCUUGAAGUUCAAUAUUCUUCUGUAUUGUAGGUGAAUUACUAUCUUUUUGGAUGUUUAGAGUAUUAAGAAGAGAUUUAAUAAAUAUGUUAUGUUACUGUAUUGCUUUUGGGUUUUUGUCAUUAGACAUUUUAAAUAAACUUCAUUGGAAACUGUU